CCCGUGUCAGUUUCCCGCGUGCUAACUCCAGCCGGCAGGCCGUGACAGCAACCGGCCGGCCGGCGGUCCUCCCCUCCCCGCGAUUCGAUCCUGACCGCCAAGAAGUAGGUGUUGAUGAGACAAGAGAGGAGGUGGCGAUUGAAGUCAGCAGCGGGCACAACCGUGAUGUGAAGAAGGCAACACUCAAGAGAGCUGCAAAAUCGCCAGAAAAUGCGCCGAAGUUGAAGAAGAUGAAGAAGAUCAAAAUUGAUGCAACAGACGAUGCCAUAUACAAGCAGUACUGUUGCACCAAAUACCAUAUUAAGGACCCACCACAAGGCGAGCUACUCCCUCCGUUCAUCAGGAUAGGCAGGUUUGAUGUUUCUUUCAAACAUUUCAGCAAUGGGCUCAAAAAGCGUGCACAUUUGAACAAUGAGGUGAUGUCACUAUACAUUGAAAGUUUCAACAUCGAGCACAUGUACAGCUCAAGCAAGCCUAGAAAGUUUGCAUUCUCGCCGCAUAUGGCUACCAAGCUUGCUGUGGAGCCGGAUUCUUUUCAGGCAGGGUCUUGCAUCAAAGAUUUCAAAAGGGCAUGUGAUAGGAACAACAUUGCGAAUUGUGAUCAGCUCUUCUUCACUAUUGUCCACGACGGGCAUUGGGCAGUUGUGGUUGCAAACUUGAUGCAAAAACAAUUCAAUGUGUUUGAUUCCAGGAGUGACGAUCCUAACUACGUCAGUGUUCUUGAGGAGCCAUGUCACAAUCUGAUAGCAAACUUUAAAACUUUGGUCAGAGAACAAAACCCAUGGAAGAACGACCUUGAUACAUUCAUUCGUUUCAGCCCAGAUGGGUAUCCGGAACAGUCUACAAUGUUUGAUUGUGGGUUUUUCGCUAUUGUAUACAUGGAGAAUCUGACUGCCAGGGGGAUGAAUCCAUUCAACACUGAUACGAGGUUGUUGCUCAAUUUCCGGACGUUUGUUGCAGCAAAGCUUUUCAAGCACCCGCAAAACACUCUCAACUCAGCAGAAGAGUUCCAGGCCUUGUUGAAGGGGAAAAGGUCAUAGAUGAUGGAGCCCUAGAUGAUGCCAAUCAGGAGGACAAACACCUUGCUAGUUUGUUUAGGCUAUUAUUGGGUCCAUCAUUUUCUUUUUUGUAACUGAAACAUGUUGCUUGCUAUCUCGUUUUUGUAACUGGA